AUGAACUCAUCAACAAAUCAAGACAUAACAUUCAUAACUAUUUUUAGAUCAAUUUAUUUAAAAAGAGUUAUAUUUAAUCAUGUAGAAGAGAUAUCAAGACAAAUAACAUCAUCAACAUGUAAAAGAUCUUGUAAAGGAAAACAAUUCAUUCUCCAACAACAACAACAACAAGACGUUCAUUCAUCACUUGACCAAAUGUUAAGGGUUUAUGCAAUGCCCUAUGACUUUAUCAAACACUAUUUACCAAGAGAGAUUGAUCAACUUGAUCAAAGUAAGAGAUUAAAGCAUUUAAAUGAUUAUUGUUGUCAUCCCAAUGCUUCGCUCCAUACAUUCCAACACCUCUUGCAAUGGUCUCCAGAUUUUGUACCAAAUGCUCAAUUAAUGAAUCGUGUUGCCGAGGUUGGUCACUUGGAUAUUCUAGAGUACAUUCAUUCAUCCUAUGACACCAAUGUUGUCGCCUGUACCGUCGAUGCUAUGGAUACCGCCGCUCGUUCCGGUCACAUCAAUGUAGUCAAGUUUUUACACAACACUCGUCAAGAAGGUGCUACUGCCAAGGCUAUGAAUAGAGCUGCGGCAAAUGGCCACUUAGAUAUUGUCAAGUUUUUACACCAACAUCGUAGUGAAGGAUGUACAAAAGAUGCAAUGGAUUUUGCCUGUGCCAAUGGUCAUUUGGAUGUUGUCAAGUUUCUAAAUGAAAAUCGUAGUGAAGGAUGUACAACUGAUGCCAUGGACUUUGCCUGUGAGAAUGGUCAUCUUGAUGUUUUAUCAUACCUACAUUAUUCUCUGUCAAGACAAGAAGGGUGUACAAAGGAUGCAAUGGAUAAUGCUUCUCAAAAUGGUCACCUUGAAUGUGUAAAGUUUUUACAUCAACAUAGAAGUGAAGGAGCAACAACCAAUGCAAUGAAUUAUGCAAGUGAGAAUGGUCACUUUGAAAUUGUUUCCUUUUUGAAUCUUAACAGAUCAGAAGGAUGCAGUUCAAACGCAAUUUAUUGGGCUCGUGAAAAUGGACAUGAAAAAAUUGUAUCAUUCCUUGAACAACAUGACGAUCAUCAUUCUGGGAGUUUAAAAUCAUCAAAGGAUUCAACUCAGCGUCGUGAUAACUUUCCAAUCAUAACUGAUCCAACCAUGUUGUUACAAUCAUCAUAA